UAUUCUUCAUUAUUCUUGUUCAUUCGUUUUUGUUUCAUUGCUGCUGACGACGACGUUGGGAGCGCAAACCUCGAUCAACCGACCAUGAUUGCAAUCGUGACGGAGGCCUCGAGCUGGUCGCUCGUUCUGACCGCGGUCGUCGUGCUCGCGACGAGCUACAUUCUCUACUACGUCUGGCUGUAUCCGACGUACAUUUCGACGCUCAGGCACCUUCCCGGCCCCAAGGGCCACUGGCUCACGGGGAACAUGUCGGACAUCUUUAACGAGGAGCCUGCUGCCCCGCAUCUGCGCUGGGCCAAGCAGUACGGCUCGUACAGCACGUACCGCGUGUUCCUAUCCGAGCGCUUGCUCAUCGCCGACCCCGAGGGCAUUCGCCACGUCCUCUCGGCGCAUCCAUCCCGGUAUGCUCGACCGCUGCUGGCCACCAACUUGCUGAAGCGCGUCAUCGGACACGCCUUAUUGACUGCGGAGGGCAAGGAGCACGAGAGAAUGCGGCGAAUGCUCACACCGGCGUUCCACCACUCAAAGCUCAAGAACUUUGUCGAGCUGUUUCGGCUGUCAGCACAGCGCCUUGAGCAAAACUGGAUGGGAAACAUUGAGAAUGCAGAAGCCAACAACAAGGAGCUCGCCGUGGAUGCGACCUCCAAGGUGGCUGGCGCCAAGCCGCUCGUGGUGCCAGGCGACUCGGCCCUUGUCAACGCUCAUGUUGAUUUCAGCAAGUUGACCAUGGAUGUGAUUGGCCACUCUGCCUUUGGAUAUGCGUUCAAGUCUCAAGAGAGCGGCGACCGCGCCAUGUUUGAUCUGUUUUCAGAUUUGCUCGCCGUGGGCCGGUUUACCUGGAAGCAGCUGGUGCCGUUCGCCAAAUACUUGCCCUUCCCAGAAAACAUUGCUUUUAAAAAGGCCGUCAAGACUGCGGACGGAAUUGUCGACAAGGUCAUUGCCGACAAGUGGCAGCAACGCGAGCAGCAAAAGUCGAAGCAGCAGCAGCUCGUGAACGACGACAGCAACAACAACAACAACGACGAGGAGGAGGAGGAUGACUUGGACACCAAGGCUGCUUCACGCAAACGCGACUUGCUGGAUUUGCUCAUGGAUGUGCGAGACGAAGAAACCCAAGCUGCAAUUUCCGAUCAAGAAUUGCGCGACCAAGUCAAGACGUUCAUGUUGGCCGGCCAUGAAACGACCUCUGUUGCAAUGUCGUGGAUAUUGUAUGCCCUUGCCCAACACCCUGACGUCCAAGACCGCCUGCGCAGCGAGUUGGAAGACUUUGACGUCGAGCACAUGACGUGGGAGUCCCUUGAGAAGCUGUCCUACCUUUCUGCGGUGAUUUCCGAGGCAAUGCGCCGUUACCCUCCCGUGCCGAUUACCAAUCGCGUUGCGAUGCAGGACGACGUGAUUGGCAAUGUGCAAGUUCGAAAGGGCAUGACAAUCAUGAUCCUUCCCGGAAUGAUGCACCUCCAUCCUGCACUCUGGGACAAUCCCGACGAAUUCCGACCCGCCCGGUUUUUGAGCGAGGAGCAGGGCGGCACGGGGGAGGCUGCCAAGGUCAACCGCUUUGUGUACAUGCCUUUCCUGCACGGGCCGCGCAUGUGCAUUGGUCACAAGUUUGCCACCAUGGAAAUGAAAGCGGUGAUUGCGACGAUUGUGCGCCGCUUCUACUUUUUCAUGCCCGAGAACAGCCCCGAGUACGUCAGGAGGCUCACCGUCACGAUGCGUCCCUUCCCUGACUUGAAGUUGGGUAUUCGACUGGUGCAAGGCUGAGAGAGCGCGUUUGCCAAAUUACAUGGAGUCAGUGUUGUAGAAAUCAAUUGCGAGUCUAACCUAAAAUUUUGAUCACAAUUUUCGAGCCGCUUUGCACAGCCAGCGGGACAGGAUUGAUACAAGGAUUUAUUCAUGGCAAAAAAAAAAACGCAUCUCAAACACA